CCUAGUAACAAAGUCUUCUAGGAAAGAAGAUGCAAACUCUGCAUAGCAGUCAAUCUGUUAGACCUUUUAAACUGAGAAAGAGUUUUGCAACUAGACUGGAAGAAGGAGCAGGAAUUCGGGCAAAGUUCCCAACAAAAAUCCCAGUAAUUGUUGAACGGUAUCAGAAAGAAAAAUAUCUUCCUCUACUGGACAAAACAAAAUUUCUUGUUCCUCAGGAGCUGACCAUGACACAGUUUAUAACUAUCAUUAGAAGCAGAAUGGCUCUAAAUGCUACACAAGCUUUCUACCUGCUGGUGAACAACAAGAGUCUGGCCAGUAUGUCUCUGACAUUGGCUGAAGUGUACAGGGACUACAAAGAUGAAGAUGGCUUUGUAUAUAUGACAUAUGCUUCCCAGGAGAUGUUUGGAUGCCUCUUGCCCGCUGCCCAAGGGAAACUUAAGGAAUGCCUUCUAAAAACAUAAGGGCAUGUCUGACAGCUGCUGCUAGGCAGCUGAUUAUGCCAGUGACUUGAAGAUCAGAGAUGCUCUUUCCAGUAUGGGCUCUUAAACACUGUACUGAAGGCUAAUGGCCCAGAUGUUGGCAGGACCAACUAAUGCAGAAGUGGUGGUGCUCUAUUCCUAGAUAAGUAACUUGGAGAUAUAUAUAUUAUAUUUGAAAAGACACUAGUGGAUUUUUUGAACUGCACCUUUAGAAUCUUUUUGUAAUGUCAGUUUAAGUUAUGUGACUGCUUUUUAAGGGAACUCUAAAGCCUGAGCCUAAUAGAUUCAAAUAAAGAUACAUUUAAGAUUUAGGUUGAAUGUAAAUAUUAAUCUGGGGGAAGUAUUAGUCUCCUAGAAAAGUAUUGUGGAGUACACCUGGAGCAUAGGAGCAGAAGCAGUAGUUUUAGAGUGAAUUGAAAUUAAUGGAUUGUGUGCACAUCUUCUUUAAAGAUGGUGGAGUAACUUACGUCAGGGUCCACAUCACUAACAUUGAUUGUACAGCACCACAUAUUAAAACAUAGAGCAUAUUGAUACAGGUCAGUUGGCUAUUUAUGGAAAUUCCUGUUGAACUAGAUCAUCCAAUAGUUGUGCCAUCAUAGUUCAACAGACUGAGCCUAAAACAGUUGACUAGACUAGCAUCUGAGUUCAUAUAUUUACCUAAAAUACUAAUUAAUGUCCAAAAUAGGAUAUUAACCACGAAGUGCCUCUUUCAGGAAUCUCUAUGCAGCACUUUCUAAAGUUGUAACAGUAUUUCUAGCUUUGGGUUAAACUACUCUACUUUUUGAACUCUGCUCAAGGCUGAGUAGGCAGUUUGCUUUGUAUCUUGCAACAGCGAGGUGAGGCCUUUCAUAGGGGAGAACGGUGUCACUCCUAUCUUCCUUUCCUCCAGGCCACAUCACAAGCUAUAAAGAGAGUAGAAUUCUUAAGGGUGCACUGUGAAUUAGUCGAAUAAGAGUCUACUGACUACAACAGUGGUGUCUUGGAAUUAGGUAGAGCAGGAGAGCCUAUAUCUUUCCUUUAAAAACUAGUAACAAGGCACAAUUUUCAAAGAUGGUGCUUUAAAAUCAAUUUGACUAAAGGGAUACAAAUGAGUAUGAAUUUAGGAAACUUAUUUAAAGUCUGAAGCCCCUUUGCCCACAUUGUGGGAGGUGUAACUAUUGCCAAGGUAACUACAUUUCCC